GGAUUACACGAGGAGAGUUGCCAUCUGAUCCUUUGAGUUGAGUUGCGACAGACAAAUGAAGCACGAUGCACUGAAAGAGGUGGUGAGUGAUCUCCGUACAUUUAUUGAGGGGAAGGAAGUCCAGACUCUAGAGGAGGCCGAGGCGGUCCUCAGGAUUCAGGAGAGAGAGGCGAGUGAUUGGCGAGCCCAGGUUCAGAGGGUGCUCAUGGAGUAUGAGCCACCUGCUAACGCGACAGAUAGAGAUAGGCUCGAGCGCAGAGUUGUCCUUGAGACCGUGCGAUCAUCUCAGUUGGAGAGCCAGGUAUCGACUCUUGUCAGGUUACAGCGAGAGACUGAGGAGCAGACACAAAGACUCUUCUAUGAGGAUGCGGCCACAGCCGGAUGGCAGGAGGAGGUUAGGAUGAGGAGACGGACAGGAGAGGAGCCUACGCCUGAGGGCGAGCGUACACAGGUGGAGGAGGGGCUUCACGCGAGAUUGUUGUCUGAUACCUCAGUGCGAGAGUUGGUGGGAGUGAUGGAGCAUGUCGGGAGACUCACGCAGACCGAGGUUGCACAAGGGGAGGUGCUUCAAGGUGCAGUACAGAGGAUCGGUGCUCUGGAGCGGGAGAACAGAGGACUGAGGGACACGGUACGUGAUCUUGUCACCAGCGCCGAGUGGGCAAGACAGUCCAUCUCGAGGAUCGAGCAGAGGAUUACUGACCUAGAGGAGAGUCGGAGCCGUCAGGCCACGACAGAUGUGGUCGACGGGAGGAAAACUGAGGAGCAGCGGAUUCCUAUUGGACAGGCAUAUGUCUCUCAUGAGGUAGAGCAAGGUGGAGUGAGACUGGAUAUCCCACGGCGAGACUCCCCGACGGAGGAGUCACUUGGGGCUAUGAGGAUGACAUGUGAGGAGGCAGCAGUCGUCGACAAGCUCAUGCUUGAGCCAGACGAGAUCCAGAGGAGGGGAGAGGCAGAGGCACAAGGUUUGGACUGGGUCCCUCCCUCAAAGUUGGCGGUUCAGAGGGAUGCAUGGCGAGGAUUGGGUGGCAGACAUGACGAGCGAGAGAGAGUUUCAGAGCUACGAGAUGUCAUGCCACAGGAGGACACGAGCGGGUCAGCAACAGUACUGCCGACGACUCUGCCGCUUACACCAGCUCGAGUCUCGGGGCCGAUGGACGACAUAAUGCACCUCCUUUCUUCAGGGUCUGAAAGAUGUGACGAGGAGGCGACGAUUGAGAGAGCCUCGAGGAUGUUGAGUCCUAAUACGGUCGAUAGAGCCGUACAUGAUGUGGGAAUCCGACUCGAGAGGACAUAGACUCAGAUCUUACCCAAGCCUUAAAAGGCGAAGGUAGAGGGCAGCAGUACAGGUAAUAUGUACUCAUGGUGUGAUAGAGGAGUGCACGACAGAGUUGUUUGCCCCGCCUUCCAGGUUGACCUCAGGAGGCGAGUCGUGCAGUUCGAUGGACAGGGGUUAGUGAGGGAUAUGCGUGGCGCUCGUCUUCCUACAAGACGUCAUGGUGCUAGGAGAGUUGUGUAUGACAGACUAGGCCUGGAGCUGAGGGAGGAUGAGUGACAGAUUACAUGACCACGAGACGCAUGGGGUGCCAGACUAUGAGAUCAGAGAGAGGGUCGAUGAGGAUGAGUUGAUUGUCAUAAAGAUAGGUUGUUGGGCACGGUCCAUAUUACUAUCUUCUACCUUGAAGACUUCAAGGCAUGGACAUGUACGCCUCACGACUUGUACAUUGGAAGUUUUGACUCUAGGGUUCAGGGUUUGAGUCAUGUACUGUAUGUAGUGGUGACCAGGAUUGACUCAUGCCUCAGUAAACUGUAUUUACAUAA